AUGACGACCGACAACGCAUUAUCUUCAACCUCAACUGUGCAUUUCUCAUUUUGUCCACAAACAGCCGCACACGAACAAAUGAUUCAACAAUACUCUUUCAAGAUUGAAGCUGUUUUUGACCACAAAGAAGCAAGAGAAACAUUCAGAAAGUUCUUACGAAAGGACUGCUUGAAUGAAGAACCUUUCAUUUUCUAUGAAGCCGUCGAACAAUACAACAAGACACGCCUCAAUAGAAAUCGAUACGAAUUGGCUCGAGACAUUAUUGACAAAUUCAUUCUCGUUGGUUCCUCUCAUGAACUGAACUUAUCCAUGAAUGACCGUACCGAACUCCUCAAGCGAUGGAAACAAAUCACACAAACCAAUCAAGACAUUUCCAAUGAAGAUCUCCAAUGCCCUCUCGAUUUAUUCAGUCGCAUUCAAGACUUGCUUUUCAUUGAACUCAAAGUCGAUCAAUUUCCUCGUUUCAUUCAUUCGGAAAUGUUUAAAAAAUUUCUCUUGAAAGAGUUGAAACGCGAUGAUCACGUGUUGGACAAGUUGGGAACCAAGUGGAAGACCAGUGGUGGUGCUGGUGCUGGUGGUUUGAGUGGUGGUGCUAUCGGUGGUGCUGGUGGUCUGAGUGGUUUUCCGACUACUACUACUACUUCUAGCUCCUCCUCUAGCCUCAUAGCAACAGCAGCACCAGCCAUGAAGAAGCGAACGAGUAGUAGUGAGGAUGUUGCUGCUGCAAGUUGCUCCUCCUCCAACAGUUUGAGUGCCCUUGAUUGGCAAGUAUCCACUAAGGCUUCCUCCUCUCGAAAGGCUAGCCUUAGUGAAUCUAGUUCGGGGACAACUUUUUCUUCCUCAUUAUCGAUUCAUUCCUCUCAUCAUCCUCUACAACAACAUGAAGAGGAAAUGGACUCUCAUGAUAGUUCCUCCACCACAGAAGAGGAGGACCAUUCCGUAGAUGAUAGGAUUGCCAACUUUUAUGAAUCUCACUCCUCGGAUCACCUUUCCACCGACUUCUCUUAUACAACAAGUUCUUUUUCUGCAAUGAAUGCAUCCCACUCGGGAUCAUCAUCAUCAUCAUCAUUCCAUGCAAACACCAUUCUGCCCAUUCUCGAUGAAACCAAUACCUGUAUCACUGAGAAGGACUAUGAAUUGGCUCUUCAAUUACAUCAUUCCUAUUACAGCGAUACUCACAACAAUUCAUCGUGGAAAGUCGUGGAUGAGAAAAUCGGAAUGAAGACAGCCAUCUCUCCUCGAAUCUAUACCUUCAAUUAUUCCAAGUAUCAGCACUCCACCUCUUCUUCUAAACAUUCUCUUAAGGAAAUUUCCAACAAUCUCAGGUUUUACGUCGCUCAAAGUGGAAUUGUUCCAGGCACCACUCGAGAAUGGAUUGAUUUACUGUAUGGAGAACAUGUCCAGAAAUUUUACAAUGAAAUGUACAAGACUCGAUUUCAAGUGGAUUAUUAUUCAAUGAAUCCAGAGAAGGACAUUCCAUAUCCAACGAGUUUCAUGUAUGCUGAGGCCGCUCUUCCAUUCCCUUUCACUAAUCGAGACUUUAUCUAUGCAAAAACCAUCAUUCCAGAACAAUACGAUCUUCUCACUGGUUUAUACGAUCGAUAUGUAUUGAUCAUGAAACCAUCGAGUCAUCACGAAUAUCCUGCCAAGACAAAUCCCAUUCGAGCAAGCCAUCAAAUCAUCUAUGUUGUGGAAAAGUACACGAGAGCGAGUGUUCGUUACACAGUUUUUGAAACUGGUGACAUGGCAGGCAAGAUUCCAAAUUCAUUUUCAGCGAAAUUCUUUAAGGGAACUGCCAAGAUGAUGCAUCGAAAGAUUAGAAAGGUGUGUGAAAAGGCCUAUGAAAGCGCACAAAGUACAGCUCCUGUGCGAGAUCAUGAUGGAGGAUUGGCCACAUUGAAAGAAUAUGAACAAUAUUUGGCAAAGAAGAGAACAGAGAAAAACACGGAAAGUUAUUAG